AUGGAGAAGGUUAAACUUGCAGUAAAAAAACAGUCAGAAUAUCCUAUAAGUGAUAUAGCUAUAGUUAAAGAUAUAAAAACGAUGAAACAGGCAUCGCCUGUAUCCCCAAAAGUUUUAGAUCAGAAAGUACUACCCAAACAACCUUCAAUGUAUAGGACAUUUCAAGAUGGUGAUGAACCCCCACUACCUAACUAUAGUUCUGCAGAAGAACAAUGGCCUCAUAUCAAAAAUAUCUCAGAUAUUGGGAAUACAAUUACAGAUCUUAAGACAAAUCUAUUAAAAUACUAUAGGACUUUAUAUAUUCCUGCAGAGAGUAGCAUUGAGUCGAAGAUUGAAGCCUUAAGAAGUUAUAGACAAUCUAAAGAGUAUAUUUCAACUAAUAAGUAUCACAAAAAUAUACUUUCAAAUAUAACGGUAACUACAGAUAGUAGAGGACUUGAUAUUUUCCAUCGGCCAAGAGAGGCUCCACUAUUGGAUGAUCUACCAGGUCCUUCAGAUCCAAUACCACCAACAGUCUUUUCAAAUAGGGAUAAAAUGGGACGUCCAAAACCAGGUUUAACACCAGUUGAUAAAGAAGAUUUCCUUGAUUUCCAUGGGCUAGCCCAAACUCCAAAUAUGCAAAAAUUACGAAUAGAGACGUCUUCAAUCAAUAAAGGUGAGAAAAGUGCAGGAAUACUAGAUGGUAACUUCAAUAUUAAGGAAAACUUAAUAGGUCUCGAUUUAAAAGAUUUAGCGACAGUUAAUAAUAUUCACAAAGGACGUUUACCAUUUAAUCAAAUGGGUGAGAUGCUUGAUUGUAUCUCAAAAAGUUGUCAGGAUGUUCAAAAUAGGCUUAAUAAUGUAGAAGAUAGCUUGUCUAUACUUCAAGACAAUCCAAAGACAGCUAGUUUUGUUCCUCCAAUAAGUAAUUCGAGAAGAUUAAUUAAUAACUAUAAGGCUAAUGAUCCUGUAGCCUGUUAUAUUUAUACACUCUAUCGUGACCUAUAUAAUAGAUCAGCUAUUAAUGCAAAGCGCAUUGAAGUUAUAAAAUCUAAGAUAAAAGUUUUGCAAGCUCAUGCUAAACCGAAUAUGUUAAGAAUCAUAUCUCAUCCUUCAUUAGGAAUGCCAAAUACAUAA